GUUCUGGGCGCUGACUUGCUGUGCCGCCCCGGCAGGUCAGGAUGGCAUCGGACGAGGGGAAGCUUUUUGUCGGAGGGCUCAGUUUCGACACCAAUGAGCAGUCGCUGGAGCAAGUCUUCUCCAAGUACGGGCAGAUCUCCGAAGUUGUGGUGGUGAAAGACAGAGAGACUCAGAGGUCCAGAGGGUUUGGGUUUGUGACCUUUGAGAACAUCGACGAUGCAAAGGAUGCGAUGAUGGCCAUGAACGGCAAGUCUGUAGAUGGGCGUCAGAUCCGAGUGGACCAGGCCGGGAAGUCCUCUGAGAACAGAUCCCGUGGGUACAGAGGAGGCUCCUCGGGGGGCAGAGGAUUCUUCCGCGGUGGCAGGGGCCGAGGCCGCGGCUUCUCCAGAGGAGGGGGAGACAGAGGCUAUGGUGGCAGCAGAUUUGACUCCAGAAGUGGAGGCUAUAAUGGCUCCAGAGACUACUAUAAUAGCAGGUGAGAGGGCU